UUGAUAUUGAUGUCAACAAAAAAUUGAGUGGGAUGCAACUCGAUGCGAUGUAUGUUGUAUCGGCAGGCAGGCGUUGAGCUCCGCGUGGUUCAUCUAACAGAUGCCUAUUGGGAUAAAGUGGUGUCACACUGUGUUGCAGAGAUAAAAGCUGGGCGCACUCCUAAUCCAGAUGUUCUUUGCAACUCGCGCAUCAAGUUUGGUGCUUUCUACGAUCACAUCAGUUUCCAUGAAUUCGACCGCGUUGCAUCCGGGCAUUAUGCUCGUGUCAUCCGAGAGACGACCCCAGCUGCUCCAGGGAACGACUUGCCUUCGACUCAGCUUCAGCUUACUCUGUCUGCUGAUGAGGUGAAAGAUCAGACAUACUUUUUGUCCCAUCUGACGCAGGAGCAGUUGACACGUGUCAUGUUUCCAUUGGGUCGCUUAACAAAGGCACAGGUUAGGAAAGUGGCUGAGCAUCUGAAACUGCCAAACUGCGGCCGCAAGGACAGCCAAGGGAUAUGCUUUCUUGGGAAGGUGAAAUUUGCCGAGUUCAUUGCACAGCACCUUGGCGAAUGUACGGGACGAAUCAUUGAAGCUGAGACUGGCCUUGUCCUGGGGCUGCAUCAGGGCUUCUGGUUCCACACCAUAGGCCAAAGGCAAGGCUUGGGCCUUUCAGGGGGACCAUGGUAUGUUGUGGCAAAAGAUCCAACGCACAAUGUUGUAUUCGUAUCGCGCGACUAUUACUCCGAGGACAAGCGGAGGCGAGCCUUUCGUGCGGGGGACUUGAAUUGGAUUGGACGGCUUCCAAGACCGGCGGAGUCUCUCCGGUGUAAGGUUCGGCACGGUCCCAAGUUCCACGAUUGCACAAUAAAGUUCGUCGAAACGCGCACGGAGAACAAGGAACGGGGUCGAGCUGUCGGUUCGACAGACAAGGUCCCCAUCUCGUCAUGCGCGCCGACCACUGUGCAAGGAGGGGGAGCGACGGCACAGGGGCAGCAGCAGCUCAAGGGUGCCAGCGGGUCUCCCGCAGGGAGCGCAGCGGAGGAUUCUCAAUUAUUGUUGAUGUCAACAAGAGCGCCAACCUUCGGGAAGGAGGAGGAUGGUGGUGGGCAGAGUAAGGAAGAGAAAGGAGAGGGAGGAGGACAACACAGAGGAGGGGUAUGGAGCGGAGUUGGGGAGACCGUGGUCGUCCGCUUGAUGCAGGAUGAUCAAGGGUUGGCCCCCGGCCAAUUUGCGGCAUUCUAUCGACAGGACGUGUGCGUGGGGUCGGGAGUGAUUCUAGAGACGUUGGGAGCCGAAGGCGCGAGAGAAACGACUCUUGUGUCGGAAACGGCGAUGAAUGUGGCGAGAAGCAAGGAGGGUGUUGGAUCUGGCAAGUGGAUAGACAAGCCUCUCUCUGGAGACUGGAGGGCCCAUCGGGCAAAGCGAAAGGGAAAGCAAAAACGACCACCAUCCGAGUCUAACGAAUGCAACGAGUCCGACAACCUGCCACAGCAAAGUCAACGACAGGGGUUUCCCGAUAACCAACAGGGACGUGGUGACGGUAGCCGCCAUGGCAUCGAUAGACUGCGGCAAUCGCGGUCAGUCCCGGCUUUGCAGCAGGAGUCCCAUGAAGUCCCGUCGUGAUGUAUGCAAUUUUUGCCGUACAGGUUCUCACAAACAGUUCCGAGAUCAUGGCGGCGGGGUUGGGAACCUGAAGAUCGA